AUGAACACUACAUUCUCAAGCAACUUGAAAGGUGGUGUUGGUAUCCCCCAUGCCCUUUGGUUCGGCAGGGAGUCAAUAUAUCAUGCCUUGGCUCUUGACCUCCUUGGGCCAUCGUUGUACGAUCUCUUCCUUGCAUGCAACCACAAAUUUAGCCUUCAAACCAUUGUCAACUUAGGAGACCAGCUGCUGUCGUGUCUCAUGUACAUUCAUUCACACAACUAUGUCCAUGGUGAUGUCAAACUGCAGAAUGUUUUGGUAGACAGUUUGAGGCAAAUUGCUUAUAUUAUCAAUUUUGGUAUCGCAAAGAGAUACUGGAACACUACAACCAAAUUCCACAUCCCGUUUCACCAAGGCCAACAUCUCACAGGCACCCCCGCCUUUGCUUCCAUCAACAAUCACUUGGGAUUGGAGCCAGGUCGCUGUGAUGAUCUUGAAUCACUUGCGUAUAUGUUGAUUUAUUUCUUAUGUGGCUCCCUCCAUGGCUAA